CUCUCCUGGGAGGAAAUCAGCUCAAAUCCAUCCUCCUUUGACUUGGGUUGAUGUUUCAUCUGCAAGGUGUAUUAACCUGACUGAAAAGCCAAAUGGAGUCUCUUCUGGUGUAUCUGAUAGUCCUCGGCAUGGCUGUGAAGGCCCACAAAGUUCAAAUCUGUCCCAAACGCUGCGUCUGCCAGAUGCUUAACCCUAACUUGGCAACUUUGUGCGACAAAAAGGGGCUGCUGUUUGUGCCUCCGAACAUCGACAGGCACACGGUGGAGAUGCGUGUGGGGGAUAAUUUUGUAACCAACAUAAAACGCAAAGACUUUGCUAACAUGACCAAGCUAGUUGACCUGACUCUCUCUCGGAACACCAUCGGCUCCAUCGCGCCUCAUGCCUUCAAAGACCUCGAAAACCUACGAGCCCUUCACCUCGACAGCAACCGGCUAACCCGAAUCACCAACGACACCUUCAGUGGCAUGUCCAAGCUGCACCACCUCAUCCUUAACAACAACCAGCUCACCCAUAUCCAUAUUGGGGCCUUCAAUGACCUGACAGCCCUGGAAGAGCUGGAUUUAUCCUACAACAACUUGGAAAGUGCCCCAUGGGUGGCCAUCCAGAGGAUGUCCAAUCUCCACACCCUCAAUUUGGACCACAACAUGCUCAGCUACAUCCCAGAGGGCACUUUCUCUGGUCUGCAGAAGCUCAAGAGGCUGGACGUGACCUCCAACAAGCUCCAGAAGCUUCCUCCAGACCCUAUUUUCCAAAGAGCAGGGGUCCUGGCUACCUCGGGGAUAAUGGGGCCUUUGUCAUUUGCACUGAGCUUCGGAGGGAACCCUCUGAGGUGUAACUGUGAGCUGCUCUGGCUGAGGAGGUUGCGCAGGGAGGAUGAUCUGGAGACCUGUGCUUCCCCGCAGCACCUAGCUGGACGCUAUUUCUGGACUGUUUCAGAAGAAGAGUUCCUGUGUGAGCCUCCUCUCAUCACUAGGCACUCUCAGGAGCUGCGAGCUUUGGAGGGUCAGAGUGUGACUCUGCGUUGCAAGGCCAGGGGCGACCCUGACCCCAUCAUCCACUGGAUCGCCCCUGACGGACGCCUUAUGUCCAACUCGUCCAGGGCCGCGGUCCACACUGACGGCACAUUGGACAUCCUCAUCAGCACUGUCAAGGACUCAGGUUCCUUCACCUGCGUGGCCUCCAACCCAGCCGGCGAAGCCCAGCAGACGGUGGAUCUGGUCAUUGCUAAACUCCCUCAUAUCACCAACAACACAAUCGCAGAGCAGGAGCCUGACCCCGGAUCAUCAGAUAUCGCCACAGUGACCAAGACUGGGGCUGAGGCAGGAGGGGUGCCCCUGGGGAAUGCGAAGACGAGCCAGGAGAAGAAAGUAGUAAUUGCUGAGGCCACGUCCACGUCUGCUCUGGUCAAGUUUAACUUUCAGAGGAGUAUUCCAGGAAUCCGCAUGUUCCAGAUCCAAUACAACGGGAGCUAUGAUGAUUCGCUGGUGUACAGAAUGAUACCCCCGACCAGUAAGAACAUCCUCGUAAACAACCUGGCAGCUGGUACACAAUAUGAUCUGUGUGUUCUGGCCAUCUACGACGACCAGGUGACCUCGCUGACAGCCACCAGGGUGAUCGGUUGUGUCCACUUCACCACCGAGCCGCAGUACCUGAGGUGCCAUUUCAUGCAGUCCCAGUUUCUUGGCGGUACCAUUGUGGUUAUCAUUGGAGGGAUUAUUGUGGCCUCAGUGCUUGCUUUUAUCAUCUUCCUCAUUGUGCGCUACCGGGUGUGUAACCAAGGAGAUGUAGAUAAGGCUCUGGAGAUGGGGGAUAUUCGGUCACUGAGCAGUGAUGGACAGCUACAGGGAUGUGGGAUUCCUAAGUCUCUCUCCAAGCAAGUCCUGCGUCCAGAGAAGAAUGACAAGGAGUGCCUCAGAGUUGCGCUGCCGCCCCCGGAGCCGGCCAAGCAGCGACCACCAGUCGUGGUAGCCACCACCAAACCCUGUGUCCCUGACUGCACUGUGUCUACCUCUGCUGCCAGCCACAGCUGGCACCCGGCCUCCCCGGGGGCUCCGAGGCCCAAACGUUCCAGUGCUCCACCAAAACCCUCAGAGUCCCACCGAGCUGAUGCUCAGGCAGAUGUUGAGCUUGAAAACAUGAAUCGGAAUAACUCGUCAGAGGUAAAAAUAGCCACUGCCGUUGCACUGGCUGUACCAGGGCAGCCCACCAAAUGGACUGCUGUUCCAAGGGGUCCACGGCCCUACCACGCCCCUCGACAAUACAUGACAGUGCCUGCAGGGGGUGUCAGGGUUAACCGCAGGCACUCCCUUAAUGCAGACUCAUAUACGGAGCGCUGCUAUGUGGCCUACCCCAAAACUGGGGCCAGUCUGCGCUCCAAGCGGAGCCUGUCAAUGAGUGGAGAGCUGCCGCAGCUCAAGAGCACAACAAACAUUCACCGGGCCAGGGACAAGCUCUCCAGGUCUGAGUGGCUUUUGGAGAGCACUUUAUGA